AACAGGUGAAGAUGAAGGGAAAAUUAUGCGUAAUAGGGGAAAAUGUCAGAGAAGGAAAACCCUUCUCAAUCGCUAUCUUCAGCAUUCAGUUCCGUCAGCUUCAUCCGUGAUCUUCAGAUGAAAACUUUCCGAGGAAGAGCAAUGACUGAGUUCUCUGCGAAUUGAAGAUCUAAUUGAAUUUCUCCUUUCAAAUAAAACAAUGGCGGAUAAUAGAGCAGUGCAACAUUUUCACGAUGCUGUAAAAGCAAACGAUUUAUGCAAAGUUGAAGAACUUUUAAAAGAAGGUGUUUCACCAGACGAACCAACUUGGAACAAUAAUGGCAGACCGGCAAUCUUACAAGCUACAUAUCAAGGUAAUUUAGAAAUGAUAGAAUUGUUAUUGAAAUUCGGCUCUGAUCCGAAUGCGAAAAAUAUGCUGGGAGAAACAGCAUUGCAUAACGCCUUCAAUACGAAAACUUUUUCUUUAAAGAUAGUGAGCGCACUUCUGGAACAUGGUGCAAGUGUCAAUAUUCGAGAGACUUUAAAUGGGUACACUCCAAUACACUUGGCAUCGAAGAUGAUGUCAUCUAGGCUGAAUAAAGAUGUACAAGAUGAUCUUCUUCUAGCUUUAAAAACUAUGUGCAUUAAAGCCGAUAUUUCAGUAAGAAGUUCAAGACAAGAAACUCCGCUGCAUCGUCUAGUUUUGGGUAACUCGGAUCAUUAUGAAUCGCUUCAAGUUCUUAUUGACAAUGGCUAUGAAAUAAAUGCACAAAACGAACGGGGUGAGAGUGUGUUAAUGUGUGCGAUUAGCAAAUGUCAUGUUCGCCAAACAGAGACACUCAUCAGAAAUGGUGCCAACGUUAACAUUAAAGACAGACAUUUUCAAACAGCCUUGCACCACUGUGCACAGAAAAACCUCUUGGGAGUAGUGAGAUUGCUUUUGGAUGCACAGUGCAACGUGAAUGCAUUGGACUUGAAUGGAGAUACAGCGUUGCACAUCGCAUCCAGUAAAGGUUUGACCGAUAUGGUCAGAAUCCUAGUGAAUUUUCCAGAAACUGAUGUAACCAUUCAAAAUAUUCGCGGAUCUACGCCUAUUCUUAAUGCCGUGGAAAGUGGAUUUACACAAGUUGUUGAAUUGUUGCUUGAUGCAUACUGUGAUGCAGAUUCGGAGAAAGGUCUCUUGUUGGCUUUAGAUAAAGCCGAGGAGAACUUUUCGAGAUGCUGGCAUCCUGAAAUAUUUUCAAUGCUUCAAGAUGCAUUAGAACACAAGAGAGAUUUGUGGGAUGAAGGCGAAACAUCUCUAUGAUUAAUUUUAGAGACAUUUAUGUCAUAAAUGCAUAUUUAUAGAGAAAAAAAAUAGUAAGUAUAUUUGUGGAACAUUUUGGAAAGUGAGAAAUUUUUUAAACUUUAAAAUAUGUUACAGACAUUUGCAUGUUAAACUAUGAGUAUGUUCUAAUAAUGUAAAUCAUUUAAAAUAGGAAAAAAUGAUAUAUUCCUGCAUGAAACAGCUACUUUGAUAUGCAAAAUUAAACUGAAGUAACAUAAAUGUAAAAAUAUUAUGAUAGCUUUAUCAUUUUUCAAUUCCUUUUGAUAGCAUCAUACAUAAUAAAAGCAGUUUAAUACAAUA